CGGUCGGAGGCAGAUGACUCAGUCAUCGGUGAGAUUUCGUCCGGUGUGGUAGAACUUUAAAUCCGCUCGGCUAAAUGUGAAGACGCAGCAGAAACUCGUGUGUGAUUCGAACCGUAGGGUUUUUCCCAAGUACGACAUUAAAUUUUCCCUUUUUCGGUGCUGAUAGCCUUUGGGUUUUUCAAUUACACCAACGCCAACGGUGCCUUUCUCCGCGACUAGACACACUCAGCCGGUGAUUGAUUCGUCUAGACGAUUUGAUUGACGGGUUGGAAAUUGUUCCGAGGACACACCCUUUCGGACCCAGUGACGACGUCCAACGUCGGCGAGCAACGCACUCGGGUUAAAGAAAUUCCAACGGUUCCAUCCCGCCGCGACGGUGUGAAAAGUGCAUGUGCUCGCGAAGACUGAAAGAAGAAAAAAAAAAUCGGAAAAAUAGAUUACACUGAAAUGAUGGAAACGAAACUAGUUCUGCUGCUACUGCUGCUACCCUUCCUGCUAAUGGAUUGCGUGGCCGAUGGGGCGGAUUUCCAAAGUGAAAGCUGCUCGGACUCGGAAGCGCUCGUCUUCUACCGGAUCCGGCUGGUGACCAACUGGAGCAAGAAGCUGUUUCCGAAACAAUACCCGGAGUUCCGACCGCCGCCGCAGUGGAGCGUCACCUACGGCCAAUCCCACAACGACUCGUUCCAUUUGUUCCGAAUGAACGAAUAUGCGUCGCCGGCGGUUCAAGCUUUCGCCGAAUCUGCCCAUGCGCACACCUUGCAGGAGGAGUUGGCCCGUCAAAAUGCCAUUAUCUACGAUGAGUUCCAUUUGCCGAAAAUUACCAAAGGUGCUGGCUCUACCCAGGGAACAUUCUUCGUUGAUGGCCGCCAUCACAAGAUUUCCUUCAUCACCAAGAUCGUCCCCUCACCGGAUUGGUUUGUCGGACUGGACUCGUACAAUCUCUGCUCGGAUGGGAAUUGGCUUGACGACGUGACCGUCGAUUUGCACCCUCUGGAUGCUGGAACCAGCAAUGGAUUGACCUUCACUUCACCCAAAUGGCCAACGAAUCCAUCCGGUGUGAUCGAGAAGAUCACAGCCCGGUAUCCGAAACACUUUGCCAGUAGCUUCUUCUAUCCGGAAAUCAAACACCUCCCAGUCAUUGCGCAAGUUUCAUUCACAAAGGUUCAUGAGUACCACGGAUCCAACAAUGUACAGAAGAAGAUGAAGAAACUGAAGAACAAACAACGCAAGAGGUUGCUGAAGAAGUUGGCUUUGUUCAACAGGAAGCAAGAAAACGAAACCGUCAAACAGAUCAACGAUUGCGAGGUUAGCAAGUGGUCCGAGUGGAGCGCCUGUAGCCAGCUGUGUGGAUUGGGUAAGAGGACCCGCACUCGGGUCAUAGUGAAGCACUCGAAGGAUCAAGGUCAGGAGUGUCCCCACCUGAUGGAAACGCAGUGGUGUGGCUCGGCGAGGGAGUGCACUGAUAAUGAUAGCUAUUUUCGGUGGUAG